UGGCUUUCCAGCGUAAUGACAUCGCUCUUAAAAGAGAAAUCAACACGUGAUGAAACACUAGAAUCACCUUCAUCGACACGAUGUUUCCACGCGUCAGUUCCGCGGAGCUGCAGCAGACUCUCGGGUCGCUUCACAGUCUGAAUGAAUCGCAGUGGAGCAUCGCGAAGAAAUCAAAGGGUGUGACCGUCUGGAGGAGACCUUCGCAGGAGUUCAGCGGCUUUCUAUAUAAAGCUGAAGGAAGCGUAGCAGAGAAUCCUCAGCGGAUCAUGGACCACAUCCGGCCCGGGGCCUGCAGACUGCACUGGGACAGCAUGAUCACUUCUCUGGAGAUCCUGCAGACGCUAGACCAGGGCUGUUGUGUUGUGAGGUACACCACCGCAGGGCAGCUGUGGAACAUCAUCUCUCCGAGAGAGUUUGUGGAUUUCUCCUGCACCAGCGAGUAUCAGCGUGGCCUGCUGUCCUGCGGUGUGAGCGUGGAGCAUGACGAGCAGAGAGCAGGCCUGGUUCGAGGAUUCAAUCAUCCGUGUGGCUGGUUCUGUGUGCCGGCGCAGGACUCGGAUCUCAGCGUGCUGACCGGAUACAUCCAGACGGAGCUGAGGGGCAUGCUGCCGCAGCCGGCGGUGGACACAGCUAUGGCCAGCGGUCUGCUCCACUUCUACAGUGACCUGAGACGAGCGCUGAACACUUAGUGUUUCAUCUGAUGAACUCUAACGAGCCCGCUCUGGUGCUCCUCACAUACAGGGUUUUGUAAAUAAUCGUCACCACGGCACGUUCAUUUAUUAUUGCACGUUUUGUUUUGUUUGUUUGCUUUUGGUUUAAUGUGAUUAACCAGUGUAAUUGUUUUUCAUAAAAUUGUAAACGUUGAUAUAGUUUUUUUUUAAUCUUAAAUUUCUCUUAUUCUUUAUCAUUAUUUAUCUCUCUUUGUAACAGUUGGACAGAUUCAUUUGUGUGUUUAUUGUCCUCAUAUGCAAGAAAUACUCAUAAGUUACAGCAUAAAGUAGGUGGGUUUUAUUCUUAUUAAAUUAAGACACAGUA